CUGGAACCGGAUGUAGGUGGGCUCUAAGGAAAGAGGGUAGCGAUGAAGCCGGCGGUGGACGAGAUGUUUCCCGAAGGUGCGGGGCCUUAUGUCGAUCUUGACGAGGCUGGAGGAAGUACAGGUUUAUUGAUGGAUCUAGCAGCUAAUGAAAAGGCAGUACAUGCAGACUUCUUUAAUAAUUUUGAAGAUAUGUUUGACGACGAUGAUAUCCAGUGAAAUGUAUCUUCCAGCUAGGCGUUGCUGAAUAUUUACAUUUCUUAUAAAGACUAUGUUCUAAACAAAAGGGAAAUGUGAACGUAGUCGCUAAGACAUGAAGGCAUUGUGAAAUGGCUAAAGAUGGAUAAAGAGGAGAAUUAUGAAGGUCAUUUCCAUUAGGAUUUGUUUAGAUGUAGAAUUGUAUAGACUUGCUGUAAUAAAAUCUAAAUAAAUAUUUAAUUAUGGAAAAAAGUGGCUUACUUUUUCAAUUAUAUCAUUCUAAAAUCUGGAUUAGAGAAGAUAAAUUGUAAGCAUAUCAGCUCCCCACAUAGAAAAAACGCUCAUAUGUUCAUAGCCCACAAAUCCAUAAUUCACUGCAUAUGAAUACGCUGGAAUUCAUUUGAUGUGAUUUCAUGUAUGGCUACAUAAGGAAGUGCUGAUUUCUUUUUAAAUUUAUAUGCUGCCCGUCUCACUGUCAGGCAACUCUGCAUAACUUGCAAAAACAUAAAAACAAAAAUAAAAAACAUUAAAUAUUAAUGCCACAAAUAA